AUGAUGUUCCUCAGCCGUUUCAUUCUCGCCUUCGCAUCCGUUACCUAUGCGCUCCACCUACCGAAUCCAUCUUCCGAAUCAAGCGUUCCUUACACCCUCAUGGUAGCGCAACCUCAUGCAGGUAGAUCCGCAGCGUACACGCCUACAUCGCGCAUGAGCGCACGACAGAACAUCUGCUCCCAGUAUGGCCCAUCAUACGAUCCCACCCAAUACUCUUGCCUCGCUCCCACAUGCAUCAACACUGGCUAUGGCUUCUGCGGCCCGUAUUGCGGAAACUCACUCACUCCUUGUUCCGGUGCCUGCUCACCCGUUACAUGUGGACCAGCUCCCCAGGGGUGCAUUACAGAUCCAGGAAAAUGUAUUAAUUCCGCCCUGGAUCUUAUCGGCCUCAAGUACCCCGCCGCUAUCAUCUAUAGCAUCCAAUCACUGUUAUCAGAGGUCCAGACCUGCAUGAAGGAUGUGGAGAACGACACGCCUCUUUUCAGUUGCUUGGGACACAUCUGCGGGCAGCCUGGCGACUCUGACCUGCAAACAGUGGAAUGCGCUCUUACUUGUGUGGUUGAGACUGGUGUUCCAAACAGUUGUGUGACAUUCCUUAGCGAUGCGGUUCUUUUCGCCAUUGCUUCAGCCGCGACGGUAACCUCGCCGGAGCUUGCCAUUGUCGUCAUGUUCGUAGAGGCAAUUCAGUGCCUGCUUGCAGGCUGCUCCACUUGA